CACACACACAUCAUCAUCCACCACCCACUCUGAGCAGGACCCCAGAGCUGCAGGCUUUGCAGCCUACCAGCUGCAGGCCCUGCUCGCCCUCCCUCUCCUUUAGGGCUGGGUUUUUCCAGCCGGAACCUCGCUCCCUCUACUGCAAUCUCUGGAAACUGGUGUCUGACGCGGCUGCUCCCGCCUAUUAUUUAUUUAUUUCUUCUUUUCUUCCUGCUGAGACCCUCCUGUCAGAAGGAGAGCCGCAGUCCGGAGAGAGAGAAAGGCAGAAGCUACAGGGGGAGCUGGGAGCAAAAAGGAGGUGGAGAGAGACUCCCAUACACCCUCCCUGCUUUCCACAGAGGACCAUGAGCAGCGGGCAAGAGGCCAGGAGAGAUGAGGGAGACUCCAGGAAAGACCAGGAAGCCUCGCUUCGGGACCGAGCCCACCUGAGCCAGCAGCGCCGACUCAAACAGGCCACCCAGUUCUUGCACAAGGACUCGGCUGACCUGCUGCCCCUGGACAGCCUUAAGAGGCUCGGCACCUCUAAAGACCUGCAGCCACACAGUGUGAUCCAAAGACGCCUGGUGGAGGGAAACCAGAGGCGGCUUCAGGGGGAGUCUCCCCUGCUGCAGGCCCUGAUCCGUGGCCAUGACAGCAGCAGGACCAGUGCGACACAGUUUCCAGCUCUGCUUGUCAACUGCAAGUGCCAGGACCAGAUGCUUCGAGUGGUCGUGGACACAGGGACCCAGCACAACCAGAUAUCUGCGGGAUGCCUCAGGCGCCUGGGGUUAGGAAAGAGGGUCCCAAAAGCCCCUGGUGGGGAUCUGGCACCUGAACCACCAAGUCAGGUAGAACAGCUGGAGUUAGAGCUGGGGCAGGAGACUGUGGCAUGCUCAGCUCAGGUGGUGGAUGUGGACAGCCCUGAAUUCUGCCUGGGACUGCAGACCCUGCUGUCCCUCAAGUGCUGCAUUGACCUGGACCGUGGAGUGCUUCGGCUGAAAUCCCCCUUCUUGGAGCUGCCCUUCCUGCCUCUGUACCAAGAACCUGGCCAGUGACCACUGUCUCAGCCAGUCCCUAGGGCGACACCGUCCGUGCCUUAGGGAAGAAUGUGUGGCGUGGGUAUUACCUGAGCAGGGUAUCUGGGGACCACUGCAUUAAUUUCUUUUCUCACCACCCUGAGCCCGCAGUCGGCCACCUCCCUCUCUGCUUCUCCAUCGCUGCCCUCUGCCCUAGGAAUUCCUACCCAGAGUUAUCUGUGACUCUGGGGUCCUGGCUUCCCCAUUCUCUCUUAUCCCUUCCCAAGUGCACCACCAAGUCACUUACAGAAAAGGACCUCCAGCAAAUGGGCUCUAGGCUUCACCCUGGCUGUAGAGGUCAAAGUUACCUGCUGCCUGCACCAGCCUGAAGCCCACCCCAAGCUGGCCCUCCUGACACAUGCCCCUUUGAUCCUGUACCCAUCUGCUUACAGCUGGGUGGGGGCGACAAGUAAGUAGGACUUGGUUUAGAAGGCACAGUCCCUGAGCUGUGGCCUGUGGUCAGUACCCUUUCGGGGUGGCAGAUGUCUGGGUGUCUUUCUGACCGGACAGACUCUCAAAUCGUGGCUAGGGAGGGGAAGAGAGACAAUGAUAUAUCUAACCCAAACCAGGGAACUGGGUCCCUUACAUGGGAACUAAACACAAAGCAGACCAAAGAGGAACCAGCACACCAAGUGUCACUUUCUUCACUUCAAAGAGGCUCUGGGUGUGGGGUUCCUGGUCUCAAUCCUAACCCCCCCUCACUGCAGUGCUUUGAGACAAGCUUCCUCCCAGUCUGCCUCCCACUGCUCCAUUAGUGGCAGACCAGCCCAGGGCAGGCCCUAAGCCUGCUUCUGCAUUUGAAUAAACAUGGUUUCUAUCUGUGGGUGCUCUGCCUUGGUCUCUCCCUCCUUACCUCCCGGGGCUCACAGUACGGUUGCCCUCAGGCGCAUAGGGGACCCAAGCUGGAACCCAGGCC